AUGCCCUCCGCCCAGAUAAACCAACCCUCCAACCAAAUAAAACUCACCAACGUCUCCCUCGUGCGCAUGAAAAAAGGCAAAAAGCGCUACGAAAUCGCCUGCUACAAGAAUACCGUCACCUCCUUCCGCGCCGGCAACGAGACCGAUCUCGACAACGUCCUCCAAAUCCCCAACGUAUUCCUCGACGUCUCGAAGGGCCAAGUCGCACCAAAUGAAGACCUCAAGAAAUCAUUCCCGGGAAUGACGCGCGAUGAGAUCGUGUUGGAGAUUCUGAAGAAGGGGGAGAUUCAAGUAGGCGAGAAGGAGCGGAGCCAGGAGUUGGAACGGGUGCACCGGGAGGUGAUUGAGAUUGUGACAGGAAGACUUGUGGAUCCGAAGAGCAAGAGAGUGUACACGCCGGGGAUAAUUGAGAAGGCGUUGGAUCAGCUGAGUAGUCAGGGUGGACACGCGGGACGAGGUGCCGGGAAAGGAUCGAAGGAGACUGCCGAGGGGAGCGACAGGAGUAAAAGCAGAGAGCAGAGUUCGGCGAGGACGAAUGAGUCAGGGACCAGUACACCGGCGAAGACAAAUGGUGAGGGAAGCACUGGGCUGGAAGAGAAUCUGGAGAAGCUGGCGGUGAAGCCCAAGUGGACGGGCGUGACGACGAAUAAGAAUGCGAAGUCCCAGGCACUGGAUGCAAUCAAAGCACUGAUUGCGCAUCAGCCUAUACCCGUGGCGAGGGCGAGGAUGAGGUUGAGGAUUACGAGUCCCACGAGUAUAUUGAAGCAGAGUGUCAAGUCUGCGCCGAAGGCUGAAGGAGAAGAGGCAAGCACGGGCACUGUCAAGGACAAGAUCUUGAGUUUUGUCGAGCAGGUGGAGAAUCAGGACGUGGUGGGUGAGGAGUGGGAGUGUGUUGGGUUUGUCGAGCCGGGAAGCUUCAAGACGCUUAGUGAGUUCAUCAGCACGCAUACGAAAGGCAAGGUACGGGCGGAAGUGCUCGAUACGACUGUCACGCACGAGGAUUAG